GCAGCCACUCCCGGAACCAGACUCCGGGCGGGUCACUCCGUGAUGCCCGGGGGCCAGGGGGCGCCUGCCUCUCCCCAGGCGGCCGGGAGCGCCCCGGACAGGGUGCCGUCGGGGCCCGCGGCCGGCCCCUCGCCCCAGCUCGCGGCCCCGCGGGAGUCCCCGGCCCCUCGGCGGGGCGCGCUCCGCGCCAGCGUCCCGCAGAAGCUGGCCGAGGCGCUGAGCAGCCAGUACGGGCUGAUCGUGUUCGCGGCGGGGCUGCUGCUCCUGCUGGCCUGGGCCGUGCACGCCUCGGGCGUGGGCAAGAGCGACCUGCUGUGCGUCCUCACGGCGCUCAUGCUGCUGCAGCUGCUCUGGAUGCUGUGGUACGUGGGCCGCAGCGCCGCGCACCGCCGCCUCCUCCGCCCCAAGGACACGCACGCCGGCGCGCGCUGGCUCCGCGGUAGCAUGACAUUGUUCGCGGUCAUCACCAUCAUCCUGGGAUGCUUUAAAAUUGGCUACUUCGUUGGAUUCUCUGAAUGUUUAUCAGCCACUGAAGGCGUCUUCCCUGUCACACACGCAGCACAUACUCUGGUCCAGGUGUAUUUUCUUUGGGGGCAUGCCAAGGAUAUCAUCCAGUCUUUCAAAACCCUGGAAAGGUUUGGGGUGAUCCACUCGGUGUUCACUAACCUGCUUCUGUGGACCAAUGGUGUCCUGAAUGAGUCAAAGCACCAACUUAACGAACAUAAAGAACGUCUCAUCACGCUGGGCUUCGGGAACGUCACAAUAGUCUUGGACGACCACACGCCUCCGUGUAACUGCUCGCUCCCGACGCUCUGCUCGGCCAUCUCACACGGGAUCUACUACCUCUAUCCCUUCAACAUAGAGUAUCAGAUCCUGGCUUCCAUGAUGCUCUACGUCCUGUGGAAAAACAUCGGACGCAAAGUUGACGGCCACCAGCAUCAGAGCGUGCGGUUCAAGUUCCGCGGGGUCGUGGCGGGCUCGGUCCUGGGCCUGAGCGUGCUGGCCGCCACGAUCGGGGUCGUGGUGGUGUAUCUGAUUCAGAUCGGGCGCUCCAAAUCCAAGAGCGAGUCGGCGCUCAUCAUGUUCUACCUGUAUGCCAUCGCCUUGCUGAUACUCAUGGGGGCCGCCGGGCUGCUUGGCAUCCGGAUUUACAGGAUAGACCAGAAAUCGCUGGAUGAGUCCAGAAGCCCGGCCCGCAAACUGGAUGCCGACCUCUUGGUGGGCACCGCCUCCAGCUCCUCGCUCAUCUCCUGGGGUUCCAUCUUGGCCGUGCUCUGUGCCGAAGCCUGCCCCCCCUACACCUGGUUCAACCUGCCCUACUCCGUCCUGAUGAUUGUUGAGAAAUACGUCCAGAACCUCUUCAUCAUUGAGUCUAUCCACCGAGAGCCGGAGACGCUGUCUGAGGACAUCAGAACCCUGCGAAUGGUCACCGUCUGCAGCGGCAAUGCCAUGCCCCUCUCCUCUUCCGGCCUCAGGAACGGGGCUGUGGCCGGGGACGCGGCUUCCCCAGGCGGCGAGAUGCACCGCGCGGCCAACGGAAACACGUGUCUGAGAGAAGGCUGUGGCGGAGAGGGGGGCGAGGGGAGCCGGGAAGGGACCCCGGGCCCCACCUGCCGCCCCGGUUUCUUGCAGGGCGACGGCAAGAGAAGCGUCUUGAGGAACAUCGCAGCCUUUCUGUUCCUCUGCAAUAUUUCGCUCUGGGUCCCUCCCGCCUUCGGCUGCCGCCCCGAGUACGACAACGGAUUAGAGGAGAUUGUCUUUGGCUUUGAACCCUGGAUCAUUGUGGUCAACCUGGCCAUGCCUUUUUCUAUUUUCUACCGAAUGCACGCAGCUGCCUCUCUCUUUGAGGUCUAUUGUAAGGUAUAGUCUGUGUCCACAUCCAAGCCCGAGGAGUGACCUAACAAGAGAAUUCACUGGAGCCACCUGCGGAUGGCCAGGUUGGGCAAAUAUCGCCCGACAAACGCACGGAGGGUUGUCUUUGCGGCAAUUAUUUCCCGUGAGCUGGAAUCGUCUAUCACCCCGGAUGAAUGUGAGCGCGUUAGAUCAACGUCGAUGAGGUGGCUGAGAUCUGGUCUCGGGUAGUGAAUUCUCACCAAACUCAAAUUCUUUUAUCUCCUUUUAUUUAUUUAUUAUUAUUAUUUUUUUUUUGAGAGAGAGAGGGAGCACGAGCGGUAGGGGGAGAGAG